CCCGGCAAAGCCAAUCCCAACCCACUAUGUUUCAUUUUGUUUCUCGUGCAUUCCACGAUGUCAAUCAGCCGGCUGCAAUCGUGCUCAACACUAGCUCGAGGACUACUAUCUUCAACUUCGAUCCGUUUGUUCGCUUCGUCCGUGGCCAAAAGUAUGGAUAAACACCAGGUUGUUCCGGAUGUUGUUCCGGUGGCUCCCGCCGAAGUCGCUAAGGUGAGUUACGCAAGCGGUGCCGUCGUCGACCAGGGGAACGUGCUGACUCCGACCCAGGUGAAGGAUGUACCGAAGGUGGAAUGGAACGCGGACAGUGCCGCCCUCUAUACCCUGUGCAUGACCGAUCCGGACGCACCGAGCCGCAAGGAACCGACCUACCGCGAGUGGCACCACUGGCUGGUGGGAAACAUCCCCGGAGCGGAUGUGGCCAAGGGCGAAACCCUGUCGGAGUACGUCGGAUCCGGACCGCCGCAGGGCACCGGCCUGCAUCGGUACGUGUUUUUGGUGUACAAACAGAACGGCAAGCUGGCCUUCGACGAGCCCCGCCUGACCAACCGCAGCGGAGACAACCGUGGAGGAUUCUCCAUCCGGAAGUUUGCGGACAAGUACAACCUGGGCAAUCCGGUGGCCGGAAACUUGUAUCAAGCCGAAUGGGACGAUUAUGUUCCGCUGCUGUACAAGCAGCUUGGCGCUUGAAUCAAUUAGUGCGCUGAUUGGAAGAAAUUGUGAUGCAACAGAGAGAAUACCAAGGAGAAUACGCUGCAUCUGAUGAUUGGAGAUUGUGUUAUCAUUUGAAUAAAAACGAAAAUAAAUUUCAUGCCU